GAUGAGGGUAUGAAGUACAGGACAUCUAGCUGUGUAUGUCAAUGCUAUUAGACUGUUCAGAGGUUAACAUCAGUCAGUGAAUCCCCUUAUUUGGACAUUUGGGCCAAAGCGAGUGCUUGUGGUCUUACAAACAUUUAAAUUAUCGUCUUUGGGAAAACCUGCUGUUUUUAUAAUCUCUGUCUUGUAUCUACAUGUCCUGCAUUUAUAUGCACAUUCUGUAGACAGAUUUUGAUGAAUGAGUGUGAGUGUAUGCUUUACACAGCUGGAAACUCUGAGAUACCCAGUUGCAGCUGCUUUCUCUUUUGGGAGGGAUAAGGAAGUAAGUGUGGAUAUCUGUGGAGUGUGUGACUAUAUAACAGAGGGAGUCUUUGAGUUGAGGUGAGUAAAAGUUUCUGCUCACCAUGGACCGGUUUGAUCUGGAGACAAAUCAGAAACGCUACUGCAUUCAAGGGAAGCAUGUUGCUCUCAUAUGCUUGGCUAUAAUAGUAACAGGCAUCGCAGUGGGUCUUGGGGUGGGCCUGAGCCAGAAGACCUCCUCCACUGUUGAUGAGACCAAGCCAACACCAACAACACCCACAACCACAAGCAGCCCGGUGACGGACAGGGGCCCCUGCAAACCCUCCAACAAUACCAGCGGUGGCUGGACCAAUUUUCGGCUGCCUGACUACAUCAAACCAAUACACUACGACCUGCACCUGGACCCCAACCUAGAUACAGAUGUUUAUACUGGCAGCGUGGACAUUCAUCUGCAUCUGACUAAGGCCAGUAUGCAUCUAUGGCUACACAUUCGAGAGACAUUUGUAUCAAACAUGCCCACUCUGCAGCUCAAGGGCCCAACUGGUACCACCUCCAUUGGGCUGAAGGGGUGCUUUGAGUACACUGCACAGGAGUAUGUAGUCAUGGAGGCCACAGAGGAGCUUAGAGCCACUGGCACAGAUGAGUACUACAUCCUCACUCUGCAGUUCCAGGGCUGGCUGAAUGGCUCUCUCGUCGGCUUCUACAAGACAACCUACGUUGAGGAAGGAGAAAUCAAAAAAAUUGCAGCCACAGACCACGAACCCACCGAUGCUCGUAAAUCUUUCCCCUGUUUUGAUGAGCCUAACAAAAAAGCCACAUUCAAAAUCUCCAUCACCCAUGACCAAGCUUAUGAAGCGUUGUCCAACAUGCCAGUGGAGAAUAUAGAGACGCUUCCUAACCAAAAGAAAAAAACGACUUUUAACACGUCAGUUAAGAUGAGCACCUACUUGGUGUGUUUUGCAGUGCACCGGUUCAUUUAUGUGGAACGGAUUUCUAAAAGCAACAUUACUCUUAGGAUCUACGCCCAGCCUUCACAGAUCCACACUGCUGUAUAUGCUGCAGAUGUCACUAAGACCAUCUUUGACUACUUUGAAGAAUACUUUGAUAUGGAAUACUCCAUUCAAAAGCUGGACAAGAUAGCAAUUCCAGACUUUGGGACAGGAGCAAUGGAGAACUGGGGCUUGAUCACCUACAGAGAGAGCAACCUGCUGUAUGAUGAGAAGGAAUCUUCCUCUUAUAAUAAGCAGCGUGUGGCCAGUGUCAUCGCUCAUGAACUUGUGCACCAGUGGUUUGGCAAUAUUGUCACGAUGGACUGGUGGGAUGACUUGUGGCUGAAUGAGGGAUUUGCCAGCUUUUUUGAGUAUGUUGGCGUGGAGCAGGCUGAGCCCAGUUGGGGAAUGCGUGACAUCAUGCUCAUUGAUGAUGUAUUUCCUGUGUUGGUUGAUGACGCACUCCUCACUUCUCACCCUAUCAUUGUUGACGUGUCCACCCCUUCAGAAAUCACUUCUGUGUUUGAUGCCAUCUCAUACAGCAAGGGAGCGUCUAUUUUAAGAAUGUUGGAGGGCUGGAUGGGUCGAGACAAAUUUAGAGAUGGCUGUCGGAAAUAUUUGAAAGACUUCCCUUUUCAGAAUGCCAAGACAUCAGAUUUUUGGAAAGCCCAGUCUGAGGUAAGUGGGUUGCCAGUAGCAGAAAUCAUGGAUACGUGGACCAAACAGAUGGGAUACCCAGUGCUGAGUCUUAAUGAUAUAAAUACAGACGCUAAACUCACCCAAAAGAGGUUCCUCCUGGAUCCUAAUGCAGACCCAACUCAGCCCAGCUCUCCCAUGGGUUACAAAUGGACUAUUCCUGUGCAGUGGAAUUCACUCAACACCAGUAAUGGUGGCAUCAUUCUGUUUGAUAAAGGGCUAACAGAGGUAAUUAUUAAUAACUACUCCCUUGCUACUGAUGGACUCAUCAAAGUUAACAGCGACCACAUGGGAUUUUACCGUGUCAAUCAUCCUGAUGACAUAUGGGCUGACAUCAGUCAGCAGCUGCUAACAGACCACCUGGUCUUGAGUGCAGCAGACAGAAGUGGUUAUAUUGAUGAUGUAUUUGCUUUAGCAAGGGCAGACAUAGUUAAUUAUAAAAACACUUUUGACUUACUCAAGUACCUGGCCAAUGAGACAGAGUAUAUUGUAUGGGACCGGGUUUCCGCAUCAAUAGCCUAUGUGAGGGAAAUGUUGGCAAGUGACUCUACACUCUAUUCCCAAUUUCAGAAACUUUUUCGUCACCAUGUACAGAAGAUCUCUAGAGAGCUGGGCUGGGAUGAUGUGGGCAACCAAACUGAACGGCUUUUGAGGGAGACGGUUCUCAGCAUUGCCUGCCAGAUGGGUGAUACAGAGGUUCUCUCUGAGGCUUCUGUCAUUUUUGAAAAGUGGAUUAAUGGAACUAUCAGCAGUGUACCGGUGAAUCUCAGGCUACUCGUGUACCGAUACGGGAUGAAGAAUUCAGGAACAAAGGCAAAUUGGGAGAUUAUGUUUGAGAGGUACCUCAGUGCCACACUCGCUCAAGAAAAAGACAAGCUGCUCUAUGGCCUGGCUUCUAUAGAAAAUGUUUCACUCCUCAACAGGCUGCUUGAGGCAUCUAAGAAUGAGACCAUUGUGAGGAGUCAAGACUUGUUCACCCUGGUGCGAUAUGUGUCCCUAAGCAAGUAUGGUGAGAGCAUGGCUUGGGACUGGGUAACUCUUAACUGGGAUUACCUAGUGAAAAGAUACACAAUUACAGACAGGAACCUGGGACGUCUGCUUAACAGAAUCAGUACGUCAUACAACACAGAGCUGCAGCUGUGGAAGAUGGAACACUUUUUUGCUCUACACCCAAAUGCUGGAGCAGGAGAGACACCCAGAAAGCAGGCUUUGGAGAGAGUAAAGAGCAAUAUUGAGUGGGUGAAGCGCAACCGAGACGAGAUCCAGUCCUGGCUGGACCAGAAUGUGUCUUAAAAAUAUCACACACUUAAGUACACACUUAAUCAAAACAAUCCCCCAUCCUCCUUAGAAUUUUCUUUUUUUCCAUAGAAACUACCCUUAAAAUGGGAAGACUGAGAAAAACUGAAAAAACUGAACUCACAACCCCAUAGACAUAAUUAAUCAGUGCAUAAGAGAACAGAAGGCUCUAAUGAUAAAAAUACAGCUGUGUUUUGUUCUAGAUUCAAUAUUAAUCACUCCGACCUGAACACUUGUUUUAGAAAAAUUGACUGUACAUAUGUUGCUUUGUAUUUAAGUGCACAGGUUGGUGUUAUAUGAUUAUAUGUUAUUAUUACAACUGUCA